UACUACUUAAUCCUUGAAAAUCCACUCUGGUAUUUUACAAAGAUGGCAAAUUCAAACUUCUGCUGUGUGUGACAUGGCAUUAACUGUAUAAAGACACUGCCUGUCUGCUACGUUAAUGUUUACUGAUGUGUUAGUGUAAUAACGACCCAUUGGCUUCUGCUGUCUAUGAGGUAUUUUCUAUCAAUAGGGACAGAAAUUAAUGACAGAGUCUCUCUAAGCUGCAUGAUGUCAGAGCUGGGGAAGGUGUAAAGGGUACAUAAGAGCUGGAUUACUAGUUAACAAAUGAGGGGGUAAACUCUCCAGCGGAUGCAAGCUUAAGAUUGUCCGUGAAGCUUUCUUGCUCUCAAAGACGUUUUCUGAUAUUGCUGACACUGAAACAUUAAAAGGUAAAGAAAUUCCUGUUUAUGGGAAAGCAUUAUUUAUUUAGGGAAGAACAGACUUGGGAUUAAAUAUAUGGCUUAUUUCAAAGCAAAGUGAAAGCCAUGAUGGACUAUAAUAUCAAUUUUCCAUCUUGUUUAGAGAAGGAAAUUUGGAAAGUAGAAAUUUUGAAAAUAUUUAAGAAUUGUUUGAGCAGUAUUAAGGGACUAUAUCAAUAAAAUUAUGAUCCUUGGGGACUAUGCUUUAAAAAAGACUUUUUAAAAGGAGGCUCUAGUUUAAAAUUCCAUCAAUCAGUGCCAUAAGAAAUUUCUUGAUUUCAGUGCUGAAUUGUGCUUUUUGGAAAAUUUGAGAAGCAAUGUGCAUCCUGAAGCUGCCAGUAGUUCUCACUGUGCUCUCUGUCACGUUAAACCAUCUGAAAGCUACACCCAUUGAAAGUCAUCAGAUGGAAAAACGGAAAUGUGACACUGCCACGUGUGUGACUCAGCGCCUGGCAAAUUUUUUAGUUCAUUCUAGCAACAAUCUUGGUGCCAUUCUCUCACCUACCAGUGUGGGAUCCAACACAUAUGGCAAGAGGAAUACAGUCGAGAUUUUCAACAGAGAACCACUGAAUUACUUACCCCUGUAGAGGUCAGUGUACCUCUACAGUUCUUAUCGUUCUACGUAUAAAUACUCGAGAUUUCCUGUAUAAUUUAACAGUGACUUUUUCAUUGCUAGUGUGAACGUAUGAGUCUGUGUAUCUCACGUUUGUUUCCCGCACAUAUAAACUGUGGCCUUAAGAAUUGUUUUACAUUUAAUAUUAAUCAAGAUCCCAUAAUAAAAAGGCAAUGACUUUCAAAAUGAAAUGUUCUUGCUAUAGAUUUUUAUUUUUUAACAUUUUUAAAGUCAUUUCUUUUGUCUGUGUCUC